CCGGCUCCUGGAAACACUUAAGAAGCGGAAACGGAUAUAGCCGCUAGAAGGCAUACUUUGCAAUCGGAGAUCGCGCGACUAGCUGCAGAACCACAUGCGACAUUUAUAGCUGCCUGCAUUACACUUCAUGUAUCAAACCAUUGUGCAAGCAAUUCGCUUGCUUUACAUUCGUCGGAACGUUAAUUCGAACUUCGAACUGGUUACUGCGGCAAUUUUAUAACAAUGACAACCCUACGGAUUUUGCUGUUUAGCGUGCUUUGCGCUUUUUCAAGGAGAAUGGCUGUCGCGAGCACCGCAAAGAAGAUGGCUCCGCGGUACUCAGCCAGCGCAGUUCCAUUUCCUCGUUUCGCCCCGGAACCAAUUAUGCGCCGUCAGUGUGCUUUGCAAUUCACAGAAAAUUGUCGUCCAUCUUACGUGGAAAUCGUUAAAAGCUAUUUGAGGGACGGUUUUCAAAACUAUAUCCUUCCGGAAGGCGUCGGCACGAUGGAUCUUUACACCAAAGAUAACUGCACCUUCACCCACGGUGUGCAGCUGCACUGUAGUGACCAAGUCACCCACCGCGAGAUUCAAAAACUUGCCGUGUCCCUCUCCCAGCCGCCGGUGAGGGCGGUCUUGGUUAAUCUAACUGACGGUCCAUUGGUUACCUUUGAAAACCUGUCGCCGAUUCGUGAACAAACCGUCAUUUUGAACCUGUACGACUGCGUUUCGGCGCGCACCACGGGCAAGUUGGUCAAGCUGGACAUGCCGAAUCUGCUGAAUUUCGAACUGCACAACUGCUACGAUAUGGUCGUUAAGAGAGCUGAUUUCUGGUCGUCAAUUAAACUGCGGAUGAUCCUUUUUGCUAACACUACACUGCGCUUACUUGAGACGGACACCUUUACCGAUUUACCGGCACUGCGCCUUCUCUCCCUGGAAAAGGGAUUCAGCGAAAUGGAAGUGUUCAACAAGAACGUUAGAGAAUACCUACACCAUUUACACUGCGGAGGAGAACACAAAUGGUUUAGGCAGUGGUGGAGCAGUAAUGGGCUGCUGCACAGUGCCAACAGAAAAGAAAUAUUCAAUAUUCCAAAUAAUGCAUGGUACAAUGAAGAGCUCGCAGCAAGCGCCGUAUAUUUGCCUAUCGACUGUGCAGCAGUAAUUUUUCCAAACGGUUCUGGCUCCAUUGACUUCACGCAGUACGCCUUCUCCAUCAACGACAACACCGAUCUAGAAGAACCUUUAAGCGGCCACCGAGACGUUUUGGACGACGACACGUUCCCGGUUGUUUCCAUGGAACCGCCGAAUGAUGCCGAGCGCGAACUCUGUUUAUUGGAUGUGCAAUGUCAAUCGCUUAUAGCGGUUACACCACGCAGGUGUCCAAAUCCCGAUACAAACAGCACUACGUUUAACGUAUCGUCCUGCCUGCGCGAUUUCCACCGCCUAACCGCUCUACUGGUGCGCCUACCUCCGCGUCCUCUGUUCAUGUACUGGACAGAUAACAUCCCGAUCGAACGUGCCGAUCUGGAACGCGUGCGACCAUACAUAUUUGGCUUGCAAAUAACCUGGGGGUGCUCGCAGCGUCGCACGACGAGUUUGCCGCACCGACACCGGCUAGUUAAUUUAUUAGAGUAUGGGCUGAGCGACUGCACUGAUUUGGAAAUUAAAAAGGCUGAUUUUCACUAUUCACGAAAACUACGUGAUAUCCAGUUGUACAACUGCACGAUUCGCAGCCUUGAAAUCAAUACUUUCUCGGAUCUCCCAUCUCUCGAACUGCUGUCAUUAGAGGGUCAUUUUCACACCGGACCGGAAAUCGUGGAUCACUCUUGGUUCACUCCAGCCUACGACCAACGCAUCCGCAGUUAUCUGUUCCGACUGCAUUGCAGCUGCGAGUUUGCCUGGUACCGACGCUGGCGCGCAAGCAAUACAGCACUGAUGAGCGAAGCGGAUGAGGGUGACGUGUGGUGGAUCAUGCCGUACGCGUAUAACGGUUUGUAUUUUCCGAUUGAUGCAUUUGUGCCUAUCGAUUGCGCCCAGCCGAUUCCAUAUGAACCCGAUGGUGUUGAUGCUAACCAGACGGCAUAUUCGCUGCAUGAACCGAUUUGCUAAAUACUGCCACGGCGUGGAAUCAUUCAGUUAAUAUUAAUGCGUUAAUCCAGUUUUCUGCAAAAUAUUUUUCCAGUUUGAAUGUUCAGAGCGUACUAACUGCUGUUAGAGCCGGAAUACCGUGUUUCAGACGGUUAAAAAAACUCUCGGAAGCACCGGCAUCGUAAGAAACUUAGUUAGGCAACAGUUAUUCGACCUGCAAAUAUAUAUAUUUUGCAAAUUUUUGGCUUGCUGAUUACCAUGGCGGCUUACCAAAACUCACUGCUUCAGAAUAAAUGGCAAUGGGCAGGUCAAAAACAA